UGUCUGGGAGUUUAAGGAGUUUCCAGCCAGACAUCAGCAUCACUGUUGUGUCCUGUCUGGUUCAACACGGAACUCUCAUCUCAACAUUUCAGCGGGCUCUUUAAGAAGAGAGCCUCUCUACAUCUGCUGAUCUGUCAGCAGGCGCGGUGCCGCCGCCCGUCCUCCCCGCACAUCCCGCAUCACCGCAGGGCACAGAGGGGACCCACUUUGUGUUCAUGCACAUGAGCAGCCAGCAGAUCGCACGUGGAUAAUCGAUCAGUUCAUCGCUAUGGCUGAUCAAUAAUUGAACUCAAAAUGCGCCGGGCCCACCGUCUUCGCCAUCCCGGGCUAUGCAGGUGUAAAAGGUAACUAGACGGAGCUGCUGGGGAGCGACACGGCCACGCUUUAUCUCCUGGACCUCAUCAUGCAUGUUUUAUGUACAGCCAUGACAUUUUUUAAAGCGUUGGGAUGGACGACUUCCUCUGGCACACGUCUUUAAUUGUAGUCAUCAUCGUGUUUGUCCUGUGUGGUGGUUUGUCUGGUUCAGCUGGUUUGGCGACUGGAGGAAGCUGCAGCAGCAGUUUGAUCAAGGAUCUGAGUACUUCUUCCACCACUGAUUAAAUGUGUGUUCACUGACGGGCUGCAGACGCCGGAGCUCAGAAUGUCCUCGGUUGUGGUGUCCGGAGUGAGAGAGCUGAGACUGGGAGAGCUGCCCAUGGACAGCUGGAUGACUCACCUGCCGUGCGCUCUGUGGGACAUCCCUCUGUACCACCUGGCCAUCCCAGGCAGCCACAAUGCGAUUACUUACUGUCUGGAUAUGAAUGACAGAUCCCCUGUUGACCUCACCCAGCCAGACAUGCUUCAAAAGCUGGAUAAAUACAUGAAGCCCCUUAUUCGCCCCUUUGUGUACAAAUGGGCAAAAACCCAGGACUACUCUAUAAAGCAGCAGCUGGACUGUGGGGUCAGAUACUGUGACCUGAGAAUUGCACACAGACCCAAUGACAGCUCCACAGAUCUGUACUUCUACCACGGUGUUUACACCACACUCACUGUGGAGACUGUUCUUAUUGAGAUAAGAGAGUGGCUGGACGCUCAUCCCAGAGAAGUGGUCAUCCUCUCCUUCAGCCACUUCCUCGGCCUGAGCCAGGAGCUCCACAUGAGGCUGCUCAGAACCAUACGCAACAUAUUCACCUCCAAGCUCUGUCCCAAAAUGGAAGUGUUAAGUCUUCGAAACCUCUGGGCUUUAGGCUACCAAGUGAUUGUGUCCUAUGAACACAACAUUGUCAGCUAUCACAGUGACCUGUGGCCACAUAUUCCUUACUGGUGGGCCAACAAAUGCAAAGCUGAGGCUCUUAUUGAGGAGUUUGAACACAGGAAACAACGCGGCAGACCAGGAGGUUUCUUCGUCACAGGAAUUAAUCUGACAGAGGACCUGAAAUACAUCUGCACACACCCGACAGAGUCCCUGAAAGACUUGGUGAUGUCCACGUACCCGACGCUGCUCAGCUGGGUGAAGGAGCAGACUCCCGGCUCCAAAGUGGACUCUCUCAAUAUUAUUGCUGGGGACUUUAUCACAGAGAGCCAGUUUGUACCAGCUGUUGUUACAUUGAAUGAGAAACUACUGAAAUGGUCCUCAUGACUUUUACCGAUAUGCAUUAUUCUACAAAAAAAAAAUGUGAAUCACAGCAUGAAAUACACAUGAGCUUGUUUUGUUGAGAAAAAUACUCAAGUACUUGAAUUAUUCAUUUAAAUAUAAAUGCACUUAUUGGAGGCAGUGAAUUGUAUAUUUCAGUCUUAAAGCUGCUUGGAAACAGACUUUUGGUAUAUUGAGCUGCACUUGUUUGUUUACAUUCAGUUCACUAUUUAUGCAAUGUACUGUAUCAGUUGUCACACAUCAGCAAGGUGGCCAGCUUAAUGUUACGGUGACCGAAGCAAUAAUGAUACAACUAAUGUCACCUUAAUGUAUGCAUUUUAGAUGAGUAAGCACAAACAAUGUAUUCACUGACCACAUAUGACUUAUUGUAGGGCACAUGUUUUAUAAAUACGACAUGUGGGCAGCAAGUUUAAGAAGUAGCUAAACUGUAAGACGUGUAUUUACCCAUAGAGAAUGUAGAGAAGAAACUUAUGCAAAAUGCAUGGAGAAAAAAAAGUUAUUUGCAUGAACCCAACCUUGACUGUUCUAUUAAGAAUUGACUUUAUUCAGCAGGUUAGGCCUUGAUUUUAAAAUAAUGCUGCACCACUGUGCCUGUGAAGAUACGCUUUUCCAAUAAACAUGAGCAUUUUGAAGAAAAUAAUCUCACUUUAUUCACGGACCAUUCAGAAGUACAAAUACAAUUAAAAAUGUUUCCACUUUAUGAGCAAAAAAUGAUUUACUUACUUAAAAGAAGUGACCAUGUCUUUGGUAUUUUCAGCCACAGAGAAUGUCAAACUACUGUACGGUGUCCCUAAAGGGCCACAGUAGGAAAAAAGCUUGUUCCCCUACGUUCCUUUACAAUGCUUGCAAUUCCCUCAUGAUAGAACAUCACAAUUUGUGUUACCUUGCAAAAACUUAAUUCUACAAUUAUUAAUUAGCACAGAAUGUAAUUGACUUUUUUAAACCUUUUAAACGUAAGCUAUUAGUUUACUCUAAUUCAAAUACGUUAAUUCAUUGCUUAAAUAGUAGGCUGCUCACUUCAAAGGUUCUGUUAAAGUCACCAUAACAGUCAACAUGAUGACAAACAGGGAAAUAAGAGAGUAACAUUAGAGCCACAAAACAGACUUGUUCCUCUUGUUCCUUUUUGUAAAAUGUGAAAAUGACCUUUAAAAAGGCCUUUGUUCAGAUAGUGUACAUAUGUUUCUACUGUUAGUUUGGGGUUUAAAGCCUCAUACAGGGUAAAGAGGAUUCAUGAAUUGUGCAUUUACAUUUUGUCCAUGCUUGUAGGGAGGAUAAAAAAUUCCCUACCCGCCAGUUCAAAGCAGAUUCAGGAUUUUAAAACGUUUUCUACAACAUUCAAGAGCCAGAACUGUAAUCAUGACACCAACUAGUGUACUUGAGUUUGUGCUAUGAAUGUUUUUUGUUUUGUAUUGUUUUAUUUGUCUGUUUGUAUUUUUGCUGUCAUGGAUGGUUGUUGUUCUUGUUUUAUUAUUAUAUGCACUGAUUUUAAACUAUAAUGUAAUUUUAAUGAUAGCUUGAACCAUCAAUACCCAUCAAGGGACUGAUGUUGGAAAUUAGCUUCGGCUAUUUACACAUGUACAGUAUGUCAGACUCUGGUCCUGAAACUGUCGCUG